AGCAGCCCUGCUAUGGCCAGCUUUGGGCUAGGCCUCCUGCUUCUGCUGCUGCUGCUGACCACCCACCCUGGACCCUCAAAGGCUCAGCACUGGUCCCAUGGCUGGUACCCUGGAGGAAAACGAGCCUCCAGCUCACCCCAGGACCCUCAGCAUCCUCCUGGGCCCCCAGCUUAAAGCCCAGGCCAAAUUGCCCAUACCCUCCCAAGUGAUGCUCUGGCUUUGCCUGAGGACAGUGUCCCCCUGAAGAAAAGGACCAUGAUCCAGUGGCUUCUACAUAGGAAGCAGCACCUGGUGCAGACACUGCUGAAAACCCGCACGCUGAAUCCUCUAAGAGGCAAAGGGCAACGACAGGACAUGAGCGUCGCAAAACUACCGGUUGCCGAUCCUGCGCAGAGAAGCCGAGCCGGGACGGGAGAGAGAAAGAGGGAAUAG